UCGCGGUUUUAAUGAACCACGUGACUCCCGAGUCGACUGAGGAGAAAGAAGCGUGCCUCAAAAAAUUAUGGCUGCAAAUAACUAUUUCGGUUUUACCCACGGAGGGACCCAAUACGGGUCGCAACUUUUCAAUCUUAUCAUGUAUAGGUCAGCCCAGCCGGUCGGAUCUUACUCUCAGCAUUCGGGACAGAGUGCGUACGCCGCGGCUCAACACCAGCCGACUCACCAGGCUGCCGCUGCAGGAUACGCUGCGGCCGCGGCCCCUCGCCACACCCAGCCGGCUACAAGUUACGAGAGCUAUUCCGCCUCUCACGCUACAAGCCAGUAUGGAUACACUUCACGACAACAGGACCCCCCACCCCCACCACCAGCAUCCACACAGAGCUACCAGACGUCGUACAGUUAUGACCGUGGUUCUGCCACCACUGCGUAUGAGAGUAAGCAGUACUACACACCAGCUGCCCAGCCUACAGCACAUGCUGCUACAGAGCCUUACUACCAGACUACUACAGCAGCUAAGUCCUACAGUACCCCAGCCAGUACCGGGUACUCCACUGGUACUGCUCGAGCAGCCACCACGGUGAAAACCCCUGGCACAGCCUCCUACAGCAGUUACUCUGCCCCUACAUCGCACCAGAGCACGACGUCAUAUGGCCAGACCACCCUCAGUACCACUCCUGCUACGUACACAGGUAAUCAUGCCACCUACUCUGGUUAUGAUGCAGCUGUCUAUUCCGCCGCCACUGCUUACUACCAACAGCAGCAGCAACAGAAGACUGGGCUGGGCUGGGGCUUCAAGAACAAGUUUGGACAGAACCAGAAGAAACAAAAACAGCCACCCAAGCAGCCACAGAUCCACUAUUGUGAAGUCUGCAAAAUCAGUUGUGCUGGACCUCAAACCUACCGUGAGCACCUGGAAGGACAGAAGCACAAGAAGAAGGAGGCAGCCCUGAAGGCAGGUGGCACCACCACAGCCAUGCGGCCAGGGCAGAGCCAGCUGCGAUGUGAACUGUGUGAUGUCACCUGCACUGGCACUGAUGCUUACAAUGCACACAUCCGUGGUGCAAAGCAUCAAAAGGUGCUGAAGCUACACACCAAGCUGGGUAAGCCCAUCCCAUCCACUGAGCCAGUGCUGGUGACUGCAGGCGGCGGUACGUCCACGACAGCGUCAGCAGCCCCCGCCAAGGCAACCACCACCACCACACCUGCCAGCACGGUGCCCAAACCUAAAGCAGCAGCCGCAACAGCUGCUGUAGCAGCUGCGGUGCCCAAGAAAGUGGUUACGCCCAAGAUCACUUUUGUUGCUUCUACCACAGGUGGAACCAAGCUGAGUACGACUCCAGGUGGCAUCAAGGCAGAGGAAACCAAGGUGACGGAGAUGACAGCCAAGGCUGUUGUUGCCAACACAUCCACUGCACAGACAGAUGCUGGCAAGCAGGAAGAGGCUUCCAAGUUGCUGCAAGAGUUACAGGCAAAGGAGGUGCAGCCAGUUGGAGAGGAAUAUAUUGAAGAGAUCAAGAAUGCUGAUGGCAAGGUCAUACAGUUCCACUGCAAGCUGUGCGAGUGCAAGUUCAAUGACCCCAAUGCCAAGGACAUGCACAUGAAAGGCAGACGCCAUCGCCUGCAGUACAAGAAAAAGGUGGACCCCGAGCUUCAGGUGGAGGUGAAGCCCAGCAUCCGUGCGCGCAAACUUCAGGAGGAGAAGAUGCGGCGCCAGCUGGCCAAGGAGGAGUACUGGCGGCGGCGUGACGAGGAGGAGCGCUGGAGGCAGGAGAUGCGCUGGAGAGAGGAGGAGGAGUACAGGCUUUAUGAAGAGGAGAUGAUGUAUUGGCGUAGGAUGGAAGAAGAGGAAAGAUACUGGGAAGAGCGGCGGCACUGGGAGGAGGAGAUGGAGUUCUACCGCAGACACGGCCACCCGCCACCUCCGCAUUUUCCCCCGCAGCCUCCAACGCCUCCCAAACAAUUGGACAUGCCUAUGCGGCGCCCAGACACAUCCGAUGACCGUCAUGUCAUGGCCAAGCACUCUUCUAUCUAUCCCAAUGAAGCAGAGCUUCAAGCAGUACAGAACAUCGUGUCCGCCUCCGAGAAAGCCCUGAAACUCGUGUCCGACUUCCUGGCCGAGAGUGAUGACCUCUCUGAAGCAGGGAAGACCACUGAGAAGCUGUCAGAUAAGGCUGAAGUUGACAACCCCAAGCAAAUGGACACGGACAAGGUCAAGGAAGAAAAGAAGGAAGGAGAGGAGGAGACCAACAAGGAAGGAUCAUUCACCUCGUUCAGUGAGAAGAAGACGGAGGAACAGCAGCAGCGCGCCCUGAAGGGUGUGAUGCGUGUGGGUGUCCUGGCCAAGGGGCUGCUGCUCCAUGGAGACCUGAACGUGCAGCUGGUGGUACUCUGUGCGGAGAAACCGACACGGACUCUUCUGGAGAGAGUCUUUGAUAACUUCCCCAAACAGCUGGCUACUGUGACAGAAGAGAAGUACGAGGUGAAGCUGAGUGUGGAGGAAGCAGCCAUCGUGGCAAGCCUGACCAAAGAAGACAUCCGAGUGGAGUGCACCAUCACGCUGACCUCGCCCGUCAUGCGGGAGGGUCAGCCAGAGGGAGGAGAUGUUGUUGCGAAAGACCCACCGGAUGUACUGGACAGGCAAAAAUGCCUGGAUGCCUUGGCAGCACUGCGUCAUGCAAAAUGGUUUCAGGCUAGGGCUAGUGGACUGCAGUCUUGCGUAAUCGUCAUCCGAAUCCUGCGUGAUCUUUGUCAGCGCGUUCCAACCUGGGCCCCUCUACGCAGCUGGGCCAUGGAACUCCUGGUUGAGAAAGUGGUAAGCAGUGCUGGUAGCAACCAGAGUCCGGGCGAUGCUCUCCGCCGAAACUUUGAGGCCAUCGCCUCUGGCAUCCUCCUGCCCAGUGGUCCUGGGCUGUACGAUCCAUGUGAGAAGGAACCGACUGAUGCUGCUGGCACCCUGACACCACAGGAGAGGGAGGACAUCACAGCUAGUGCACAGCAUGCACUGCGGCUCCUGGCCUUCCGACAGAUCCACAAGGUCCUGGGCAUGGACCCCCUUCCCAGCCCCGCCCGCUUUGGCAACAAGCGCUUCAACCCACGCAAGCGAAGGCGUGAGAACACCGACUCAAGCAGUGUAGAUGGGGAAGGUGACGGCAAGAAAGACAAGAAAGAUGGAGAGGACGAGGGUGGGGAGCCGAUGGAAGAUGCUUCAGACUUAGCUCAAGCUUAGAUUUAAUUUUCCUUCAAGGAUAUACUUUCAUCAUUUGUCAUAUAAUUUUGCUUAAUAGUCUGGCAAGCAUACCUCCUUUUAAAAGGGAGGGCUAUUUUGUGAGUAAUCUUGACUCAGACUUUUCACUUUGUAAUUUUUUGAGUAAAUUUGAUCUAAAGGUUCUGACCAGUAUGGUCUGUACCAUUGAAGGAUUGUUGAGGAAUUGUUUCAUUAUUUUGUCAACAUAGAGAAAUGUACAGAAGUAACUCUCAAAGUAUUAGGAAAAUAAGAUGUAUCAGAAUCAUAGGGGACGGCCGUUACAGUCAAAACAACAUCUAUUGUAAAACGGGUGUUGAAUGGCAAAGUUGUUUGAAGAGAGAAUAACCCUAAAUAUUGAUGUUUGAAGGGACAAGAAAGGGUGGGAUAAUUUUAGAUACCCAAGUGUUUGCUCUUUGUUAUUUUUGGCAUUGUCCAAAUGUUCCAGUUGACAUCUUGUAAAAUAAUCUGACAACCUUUAUUAAGCACCAUUGUUAAACUGGUUUGUAGACCCAUGUUAAAACCUUGCAUGUUCCACAAGUAAAGAAGUGCAACCAUGUAUGGUGUACUCCAGCAGUAUUAAUCAUGACUUUAAUCCAGAGAAACAACUGCAGUAUCAUUACUGGUAGCAGUUUCUAUUAUAACAGCUGGAGAAUAAUGUGUGUUUGUAGCAGGACCAUGUUUCGGCCUUCCUUUCGUGCACAUUUUAUGAGUGGUAAUUAUUGUAUUGUUACUGAUGCAAAAUGUAAGUCAUUAGUCUUGUUUUCCAUCAUGUCUGUAUGACAUUCCAUGUUUUCAUUUUGCAUAUGUGGUCAAUGUUACACUUCCAUAGACAGAAGCCUAUGUAUGCGCUGAUGCACGGUGUUACUUUUUGUUUUAACAGCUGAUACGUGCCUCAGGUCAAAGACAUUUUUUGAUUGGCACUUAGUCCGUGACUGCUGUUCUUCCUACAUGUAAGAGGAUUAUGUCAAAAUGUAUUACACCACCCACACAAGGGAA